CACACCCUUAAUCCCAUAUUCAAAGGACCUCAGGGAUUCUUUUGUAAUUUUACCUUAAUACAGAUUCAAGACAAGAAAGUGCUGCAACACCACCAUCUACUGUUCUACACGCCACCAGUUCUAGAUUCUCAUCACUGCCGUGGCACUCAACAGUCACCUCAACGCUUCGUUUCACUAACCUAUUCCUAUCUACAAUCCUCUAUCUUCUUCUCAAGUUUCAACUAACCUUUUCACGGAACCAAAGUAUACAAGUAUUUAACCACAGUUGACCUCUUUCACGUUGAGAAUUCACCAGCAGAAAGAAGAACUUAGAGCUGAUGACUACCACUGGGACACUCAAGUCUUCUAGUUCUGAAUUGGAUCUUGAUCGACCAAACAUAGAAGAUUACCUGCCAACAGGAUCCUCCAUUCAACAAGAACCUCAUGGAAAGCUUCGCCUGCAUGAUUUGCUCGAUAUUUCUCCUACUUUAUCUGAGGCAGCUGGUGCUAUUGUAGAUGACUCAUUCACAAGAUGUUUCAAGUCAAAUCCUCCUGAACCAUGGAACUGGAAUGUUUAUUUAUUCCCUUUGUGGUGUUGUGGAGUUGUAUUUCGAUAUUUGAUUCUGUUUCCGGCAAGGAUUCUGGUGCUAACAAUAGGAUGGAUAAUAUUUCUUUCAUCCUUCAUUCCAGUGCACUUCCUAUUGAAGGGACAAGACAAGUUGAGGAGAAAUAUUGAGAGGUCAUUGGUGGAGAUGAUGUGUAGUUUCUUUGUUGCAUCUUGGACUGGGGUUGUCAAGUACCAUGGGCCAAGGCCUAGCAGGCGACCGAAACAGGUUUUUGUGGCCAACCAUACUUCCAUGAUUGAUUUCAUUAUCUUAGAACAGAUGACAGCAUUUGCUGUUAUUAUGCAGAAGCAUCCUGGAUGGGUUGGACUAUUGCAGAGUACCAUUUUGGAGAGCGUAGGAUGUAUUUGGUUCAAUCGUACAGAGGCAAAGGAUCGAGAAAUUGUGGCGAGGAAAUUGAGGGAACAUGUCCAGGGAGCUGACAAUAACCCUCUUCUCAUCUUUCCAGAAGGGACUUGCGUAAAUAAUCACUAUACAGUUAUGUUCAAAAAGGGUGCCUUCGAACUUGGAUGCACAGUUUGCCCAGUUGCAAUAAAGUACAAUAAAAUUUUUGUUGAUGCUUUUUGGAAUAGUCGAAAACAAUCUUUCACUAAGCAUUUGUUGCAGCUAAUGACAUCAUGGGCUGUUGUUUGUGAUGUUUGGUACUUGGAGCCACAAAAUCUGAAGCCUGGAGAGACACCCAUUGAGUUUGCAGAGAGGGUAAGAGACAUAAUCUCACAUCGUGCCGGGCUUAAAAAGGUUCCAUGGGAUGGAUACCUGAAGUAUUCUCGUCCUAGCCCGAAGCAUAGAGAACGAAAGCAACAGAACUUUGCCGAGUCAAUGCUACGGCGUUUGGAGGAAAAAUGAUGUGUAUCUUCUGUAAAUUUUCAUACGGAAUUCUCCAACCUUUUUUUAUUUGUUUUUAUUUAUUAUUUUUUUGGAUAUGCUGAUAUUUACAUUUUUUUUGUUACGAUAUGUUUAGAUUACUGAAUAAGAUAGUUGUCUGGUAAAAUGUUCCGUGGGUGGUUGAUAUCUUGUACAAACAUGUUGAAAGCUAGAUAUCCUUUUUAGGGAUGAAAAGUUUUGAUGGUGUUUCUAUAAAUGAAUGUUUACAUGUCUUUUGAUCAAUAUUGACGUUAGUUUA